AUGGGUGCCCUGUCGCCUCCCGACCCGAUGAUUCCUUGCGCCUCCUGGAGGGACUGGGCCAAUCUCAGUGAUGGGCCCGCGGGGCUGAUCGCCGAGCGCAUCCUCGCCGACGACGUCGCCGACUACGUCUCCUUCCGCGCAUCUUGCCGUCCGUGGCGGCUGUGUUCCACGGACCCGCGGGAGCACGGCGUCCUUGACCGUCGCUUCCACCCGUGCCAGUGGACCAUGCUCAGGACAAAGGAGGGAGGCCCUCGAUACCGCCGCGGCUUCAUGAACGUCACCACCGGCUGCUGCAGAUACGUGGACCUCCCGGAGCUCCGCGGGCACGACGUGUUCGGGCCCACCACGGAGGGCCUCCUCGUCCUCCUCGACAGGGCCACCUUCGUGGUCCGCCUGCUGAACCCGAUCACCCGCCAGGCGGCCGACCUCCCGCCGGCCACCACGGUGCUGAGCCAGAGCGAUCUGGAGCUAACCUGGCUCAGAAAGGAGGAUUUGUUGCAGGUGUCAGGCGCGGGCCUCGCCGACGCCUCCACGAUCGCCGCCCAUUUCCCGGAGAUCGAUACGGUUGCGGUCGCCAAGCCAGGCGAUGCGCAGUGGACGGUGGUCGAUCGCGGGGAAUGCUUCUUACCAGCCAUGUCUUUCGCCGGCCGCUUCUACUGCGCCACCACGAGGGCCGUGAUGGUGGUGGAGACCGGCGCCGACCAGCCGCCGCGGCUGGCCAUCGCCGCCGAGCUGACGAGGCCGUUCGCCAGGAUAAUGUGGGACACCGUGCAUCUCGUGGACAACGGCGGGGAGCUGACGCUCGUGGACCGUGAAUGCAAAGGCAGCCGGAGUCCCAGAAGAUACAAGGUGUAUCGGGUAGACUUGGCUGCGAGGGAGAUGGUGCCCGUCCGUGGGCUCGGCGGACGCGCGGUGUUUAUCGGCAGUGAACUGGCCCUUUCUGUCUCGCCUCCGGCGUUCCCCUCCAUCAGCGCCGACACGAUCUACUUGGGAUUCGACGAUCUGUUGACAAGUUUCAUGGACGAUAGCCCGAUUCAUCUCAUGGAUGGAACCUCCGAGCCUCGUCGAUUCCACCAUGGCACGGAUAACGACUAUGGACCUCGGCGUGUUGAUGAGUGUCUAUCAUGGUGCGUGACGGGCUAUUGUGCGAGCACCGCUGACAACGACGACGACGAAGCUGCUAAACAAGACCGAGCAGCUGGGCCACGAAGGACGCCCAGGCAGCGAAGGCCCAAUACCAAGUUAGCAGUCUCGGAAUGGGUGAGGCCCCAAUAG